UGCUUCAGAAAACUUAAAAAGACCAAUUGCAGCUUUAACUCGAUAUCUGAAGUAAGAAUUUUCAAAAGAAUGGUAAAAAUGUAUUUGUUUCAUGGACUUGUUUUACUGACUUUUAUCCAUACAGCAGCAAAGGAAAGCCCAGCACCUGAUACAUACAACUUUCAAGGCACAGCCACGGUCAAGGACCCGAGUGGACGCCUGGACCGAAAUGUUUUAACAAAUGGUGCAAAAGUAUCUAAGGCACCUGGCGAAGCAGACCAACUUGAAGACACCAUGGAAUUGUGGGAUAUCGAGAAGGAUUCCAAACACAAACAUCCUAUGGAGCUUGACUUGCUUCGACUACUGCUGCGCAAUAUCGUUGCUUCGGGAAAGAGUGCCAAAGCGUUCAAUGGGUGUUUUGGCAAUAGGAUUGAAAGGAUUGGUUCGUGGAGUGCGUUGGGAUGCAACAGUCCCAAGCUUGGUGCUAAAAAGCGAAUAUUUAAGUAAUACAGUAUUUUCAGCCCAUCUCUUCUGAAGCUGCACCUCAGUCAGGCAAAACCUGCUUCAGUCUCAGUGAUGUGCUACGGUGAUUGAUGUCGGCCAGCAAAUGCCUGCACUUCACACAUUGGUUAUGAUAAAAACAAGGCGGACAGUUCAACCCAAUUAAGACUUUCAAUGUUUUGUGAAGCUGUGACUGUGUACCCCACUCUGGUACUUCUUAAUUAAGAAUAUAUAUUCUUCUGAAAUAAUGACAUACUGUGUUGUACAUAUACUGCUUCGCAAAAAUUAAAUAAACCAAGAACAGGUA